AUGAACGUCCCAUCGACGCAGCCACCAGCAGCACGUCACCCACCAACGACUCUCUAUCCGUCGCCGCCGCCACAGCAGGCUCAAGCUCCCGCUCCCGCGCCUGCCGCUUCUGCCCCGGCCUCUGCGUCCGCGUCCGGGCCUGCGCAGGGCACCGCCGGUCAGCAACGCGAGCUCGGCAAAAAUGCGCUGCGUCGACCACAUCGCAAGUCGAGGCUGGGAUGUGUGAACUGUAAAGCUCGAAGGGUCAAGUAUCCUGAACCACCAAUACCCGCUGGUCAGCCCCAGCAUAAUAAUAAUCUGUACGACCAUCAACAACAAUCCAUCUCGCCUCAAUCGCCAGCCCCACGCGGCGUCAUCCCUAAAAAUGACCCAAGGCAAUCAACUUUUGCGCCAUUGGGGCCGGCCUCGGCCACGUCGUCGCCUCCGAAUAAUUACAGCAACACGAUGGGCAAUCAACAUGAUCACCGUCAAACUUCGGACAUCGCCAUAGCCAUGGCGGCGGUCACCGUUGCCGCAGGGCCUCUUCCACCCCCCAACAGCCCGGGGUCCAACUAUGGGCACAAUCUGAAUAUUGACGACCUUGAACUUCUCCUAAACUUUACCAACUCCACUGUCAACUCCAUGACGCGCCAUAGUCACAUCUUGGACCUCUGGCGGGAGGGUGUGCCGAAGCUGGCCCUUGACCACCCUUUUCUUAUGCACGCCAUUCUCGCCCUAUCAAGUGUCCACCUGGGCCGUUUCCCCGAGGCCGGCCGCCACCGCAACGCCGAUUACUACUUUUCCCAGGCCAAGAAUCACUGGUACCAGGCCGAGAAGCUGGUCGGCCCCCUGCUGUCAAGUGGUGUGAAUGAGGUCACAUGCCACGCCCUGUACAUGUUCGCCUUGAUCGCCGCCUUUUUUGCCCUAGCAAGGGGCCCGACCCCCGACAGCUGGUUACCCAUGGGCGGCGGUCCGCACGAACACAAGAACGAGCACAUUCUCGAGUGGUCCGUCCUCACCCGCGCCAUCAUCCCCGACGACAAGGAGCAGUGGGCGCGACUGGAGCGCGGGCCCGUCGGGGCCUUGGCCUCCCUGACGGUCAAGUGCAUGAACAUGCUCGCCACCUCGUCGGGGAAGCCAGAGGCAGAGCCGUUUCGCCGGCUGCGCGAGUACAUCAUGGAUAGCGAGUAUCACAACCGCGAGCUGCGCGACCGGUACAUCAGGAUAAUCAACGGCGUAUCCCAGUGCUAUUCGGUAACGUACGACGAGCAUGGCUUUCCGGAGAAGCAUGCGCGGGACAUGGGCUGGUACUCCUUCGUUGCGGUUGCCGACGACACCAAGUUUCUGGAGCUGCUCAAGAACUUUACGCCGAAUGCUCUCAUCAUUUAUGCGUACUCGGUCGUCAUCGUCAAGGAUGUCGACUUUGGCUGGAUGACUGAGGGUUGGCCCCAUCACACAAUGUCUGGCAUUUAUCGACAUUUGGAGCCGCAGUACCGUGUUCAUUUGUCUUGGCCCAUCAAAAAGAUUGGAUGGGUUCCUCCGGGGUGA